AAAAAUCUAACUCCUGCACCAUUCAUGGACCAUAUCCCAAUUUCAGACACCACCCUCACAAUUUGAUUAUUAUUCCAUAUUUCUAUAAAUAUUUAUCUAUUGUCUAGUGGUUGCUAUCUGCCAAUUCUGAUUUGUAGAGUGAAAAUGGGCUUCAGGGGUUCCAAGGCAGUUGCUCUUUUCAUUCUCUUUAACAUCAUAUGUUUGUCUCUUGUUUCCUCUAACAAGGUUCCAUGCCCUCCUACAAGUCCUUCCUCGCCUGCCUCUGUCCCAAAGAAGCAAGACAAAUGCCCUAGAGAUACCCUUAAGUUUGGCGUUUGUGGCAGUUGGUUAGGGUUGGUGACCGAGGUUAUUGGGACUAAACCCAGCAAGGAAUGCUGUACCCUAAUCAAGGGUCUUGCAGAUCUUGAAGCUGCAUUGUGUCUCUGCACUGCUAUUAAGGCCAAUGUCUUGGGAAUUGUCAAGCUCGAAGUGCCUGUUGCUCUUAGUUUGCUUGUUAGUGCAUGUGGAGGAAAGGUGCCACAAGGUUUUGUCUGUGCUUAAUUAGAAACUGUCUACCUAGCUAGCUCUGAAUUACUUCUUGAUGUACUUAUUGAUAUUUUCCAUUUCUGCUAUGUUGGAAUAAACCAGAUUAAUUUAAUUAUGUUGUGUGGACAAAGGAAGAACAAUAUUGGAAAUGAAUGAUGUUGUACGUACGGUUGAUGCG